CUCAAGAGUAAAGCAGAUCUCUACGGUGAGGCAGCAGCCAUGGUGUUGAUUUUGGGCAGAAGGCUGAACAGAGAGGACUCGGGGACCCGGGACUCCCCUGCCGUCAAACGCAAGGUGUUCGAGGUGGACUCCAAGAAUCUGACGAGUCAGGACAUCUUGGAUUUCUCCUCCGGCUCGUCCCACUCCGAGGCCAUCCUCCAGGUGUUCAACGAGUUCCGCGACAGCCGCCUGUUCACAGACGUGGUCAUCAGCGUGCAGGGCCGCGAGUUCCCCUGCCACAGAGCCGUGCUCUCCGCCUGCUCCUCCUACUUCCGGGCCAUGUUCUGCAACGACCACCGCGAGAGCCGCGAAAUGCUGGUGGAGAUCAACGGCAUCCUGGCCGAGGCCAUGGACUCCUUCCUCAGCUUCGUGUACACGGGCCGCGCCAAGAUCACCACCGACAACGUCCAGUUCCUGUUUGAGACCUCCAGCCUCUUCCAGAUCUCCACGCUGCGCGACGCCUGCGCCAAGUUCCUGGAGGACCAGCUGGACCCCUGCAACUGCCUGGGCAUCCAGCGCUUCGCUGACGCUCACGCCCUCAAGCAGCUGGCCAGCCGCUGCCGCGGCUACGCCCUGGCCAACUUCCAAGACGUGGCCCAGCACGAGGAGUUCCUGGACCUGAGGAUGGACGAGCUGGAGGAGUACAUCGGGAGCGACGAGCUGGCCAUCGGGAAGGAGGAGAUGGUGUUUGAGGCGGUGAUGCGCUGGGUGUACCACACGGUGGAGAACAGAAGGCCCCUGCUCAAGGAGCUGCUCCACCACGUGCGCCUGCCCCUGCUGCACCCCAACUACUUCGUCCAGACGGUGGAGGGAGACCAGCUGAUCCAGAACGCUCCCGAGUGCUACCAGCUGCUGCAUGAGGCCCGGCGCUACCACGUGCUGGGGAACGAGAUGAUGUCACCCAGGACAAGGCCACGCAGGUCGACAGGCUUCUCUGAGGUGAUCGUGGUGGUGGGAGGCUGUGAGAGGGUGGGGGGCUUCAACCUGCCCUACACCGAGUGUUACGACCCGGUGACGGGCGAGUGGAAGUCCCUGGCCAAGCUUCCUGAGUUCACAAAGUCCGAGUAUGCCGUCUGUGCCCUGCGCAACGACAUCCUGGUAUCAGGGGGUCGCAUCAACAGCCGUGACGUGUGGAUGUACAACUCCCAGCUCAACCUGUGGAUCAGAGUGGCCUCCCUCAACAAGGGCCGCUGGAGACACAAGAUGACCGUCCUCCUGGGCAAGGUCUAUGCCGUGGGCGGUUACGACGGCCAGAGUCGCCUGAGCAGUGUGGAGUGUUACGACUCUUUCUCCAACCGCUGGACUGAGGUGGCCCCCAUGAAGGAGGCGGUGAGCUCCCCCGCCGUGGCCAGCUGUGCCAGCAAGCUCUUCGUCAUUGGAGGAGGGCCCGAUGACAACACCUGCUCAGACAAGGUCCAGUGCUAUGACCCAGAGACCGAUUCCUGGUUGCUAAGGGCCAACAUUCCCAUUGCUAAGCGCUGCAUCACGGCGGUGUCCCUCAACAACCUGAUCUACGUGUCGGGAGGUCUCACCAAGUCCAUCUUCUGCUACGACCCAAUAGAGGACUAUUGGAUGCAUGUGGUCAGCACCUUUAGCAAGCAGGAGAGCUGUGGUAUGUCGGUGUGUAACGGGAAGAUCUUCAUCUUGGGAGGGAGGGGGGAGACAGGCGAGGCGUCAGAUAACAUCCUGUGUUACGACCCAGCUACGGGGAUCAUCACAGGGGUGGCCGCGAUGCCGAGGCCCAUCUCCUACCAUGGUUGUGUCACCAUCCACCGAUACAACGAAAAGUUUCAUAAGCCAUGACAGCACACACACACAAAGACACUCUCAAACACGCACACAUACACACACACACGCUCACACACGUGACCACGUUACACACGAACUAACACAAACUGUCUGUCCGUUGAAUUGUUUUCGGUGACACAAACACGCAGGGAAAACAUUUGCAAACUUUGGGAACACGCAUAUCUGUGCAAGCGCACAUCCUUGCACACGUCUUGAAAGGUCUCUAUUGUUGACCCCAGCAUGACUCUGGCUCAUUAACACUUGUGCUGCCUUCGGGUCACAUGACCCAAAGGUUCAUAACGAACCAUCGUUGUGUUUACCCAAUACAAAAACAAAUACAAAUAAUUUUCUUUUAACCUUCGCAAUGUGGAGGGUCUGAGACAGCCCUACGGUUAAAAGGAAAUGCUUCACUUUGUUUUUGUAUGCGGUAAAGUUGUCGCAAUACGACGGUGGGUCACAAUGACUGAUGGGUCGGAAUGACCCGAAGAUAACACAAGGGUUAAUCUCUUCAUUGUCUCAUGUACCAGUAUUCUCGGUUGACAAGCUUGUAUUCCAGCUAUGCAGCUCUGUGUUUCUGUGGAAAACCGUUGUCGUUUGAUGAUAGGCAUCAGAUACUGCAACAUGUUUCUGUGGAAAACCGUUGUCGUUUGAUGAUAGGCAUCAGAUACUGCAACAUCACAACCCUGUCACCAUGGUUGUGUCACCAUCCACCGAUACAACGAAAAGUUUCAUAAGCCAUGACAGCACACACACAAAGACACUCUCAAACACGCACACAUACACACACACACUCACACACGUAACCACGUUACACACUAACUAACACAAACUGUCUGUCCGUUGAAUUAUUUUCAGUGACACAAACACGCAGGGAAAACAUUUGCAAACUUUGGGAACAUGCAUAUCUGUGCAAGCGCACAUCCUUGCACACGUCUUGAAAGGUCUCUAUUGUUGACCCCAGCAUGACUCUGGCUCAUUAAUCUCUUCAUUGUCUCAUGUACCAGUAUUCUCGGUUGACAAGCUUGUAUUCCAGCUAUGCAGCUCUGUGUUUCUGUGGAAAACCGUUGUCGUUUGAUGAUAGGCAUCAGAUACUGCAACAUCACAGUAUCUGACAUGAUUUCCAAGAACCAAACAUUCGACGAGUAAAACGAAAGAUACAACGACAAGACCAAAACCAAGCGUUGAUGCAGAGACAGAUAAAAGUAGAGAGGUAGUACCCAUAGAACAAGGCACUGAUUUGAUUUGGAUCAAAUCCGGGGUGUUCCACUCUCCUCCGCCUGUGUUCCGACAUGUUUACCCUCCUUCAUGAUCACUUGGGUUCACUGAUCCUGACCAGGAUGUAGAGGAGACAGGGAAGGAGGCGGGAGGCGGGAUCAGAACGUGGCCACUGCUGACCACCUGACUAUGGCUGCAGAUACCCUGCUGCUGUAUCUCUGUUUUAACUCCCAAUGCUGAAGUUGGAAAACUGUAGCACUGCUCUGUCUACUUUAUCUCACUUCCCUUUCCUGUUCAGGCUUCCUACUUCCAUUUUUUUUAUCCGCUUCUUCCUCUUAUAUCCAAUUUCUCAUCAAUGAUUUAUGCCUUGUGGUUUUAUAACUUACAGUCGUGUCUCCCUUUAACUGUUUCCUGUGCUAUUUGUGCUGUGUUACCUACAUUUGACAUGUUUUUACUUUUAAAUUAUACUUGUUUGCUUGUUUUUUUUUACUGUUGGAAGUUUGUUGAAAUUAAUGUAACUAGCUGUACCACUGCACUUGUUUGCAAUGUACACAUAGAUUAUUUGGAUUGGAUGAUGGGUGCCUGGGUGAUUUUUAGAUGACAGGAUUUUGUAGAUCUCAAAGACUGUUCUAAGUUUGUCGGUUAUACUUUGUGGUGUGGACACAUCAUAGAGCUAGUUACCCAGCAGUAGUUGGUUGAAGCGUGUUCUGUAAUGUGCAACUUCAUCAGUUUACCUGGCGUGCAUUAGGCAAACCUGAUUUAGACUCAAUGGGACUAUCACCAGCACACACAUAAACAAUGUGGCUGGGGGUAACCAUUAAUACCUCCUGGUGUGUGAGUGUUUGUGUGUGUGUGUGUACACUGUUUAGGAUGAUAAUGUAUUUUCUCCUGUACGCUUCAAGCAGGAAAAGAUAUGAAGGUGGGAAUUUGAACAGUCUGGAUUGUGGUCAGUAAAAGUCACCUAUUACUUUUGUUGUUGUUAGAAUAGAGAUAUGUUGCUGUGAAUAAGGUCACUUUUUCCUUUUUUAUUUAAAUGUAUCUCUUUUGUAUUUUGCAUAGUGUUUGAGUUUUUUGUAACAAUGAGCCCCAAAUGUGCACUUUUACAGUAUGACUUGGAGUAAUAUGACUUGUAUAUGAUUGUGAUCUUUUCUUUUUUUUUUUACUGUAUCAGUAAAUGUUCUUUGCUUUCAUGCGACGUAUGUGAGAGAGAGAAAGAGGGCAUGUCAGCGGGUCAUACUGGUCUCUGCCUGCCUCUGCUUUGAAUCGCCACAGCCCCACCAUGAGUACCACGAGAGCGACACAGGGAGAGAGAUGAGAGGGGGAGCCUGACAAGAGUCUGAGGGGGAAAGGCCGCAGGAGACCUUUAAGGGCGAUAUUGGGAUCAGUUUUUUGCGAUUCGUUUCCAUGAUCAAUAUAUCAUGAAGCAUAACUUAUCACCUGAAAUUCACCCUGACAGGGUGACACACAUGUUGGCUGUGUGUUUUCAAGACGUUCCAGCACAAUGGGUGUUUGACAUGUGAUGUCAUUUCUAUAGAGUGGUGCCACAUGCAGGAAUGUUGUGGCUGGACGUUGGAAUGAUCUAGAAUCCCUCUGGCCCACCCACAGUCUGUCUUCGAAUGUAUUGCUCAGGGUUUUUAAAUUGGGGGUGCAGACCAGAGUAGACUGACAUGCGAGUGAGAGAGAGGGAAUGAAAUGAAGCGAAUGAGAGAGAGUGAUAAAGACGUCGUCUUGACUGUGUGUGCGUCUGUGAUUUCACUGAGGAUUUACUCAUACAGGACACAAACAUUGUCCUUUGCCUUUAUAACACAUUGAUUGAUUGAUUUUCAUUAGUAGUGUAGAGGCUUUCAUACAAUGUUUUGCCUGGGUGAGAUCGUCCGUUGUUUUUCAGUGUCUAACUUUCUUUCUCUUCCUUGUGGUGAGUUAUGGGAUUAUGUGUGAUGCUUGUGUUACAAUCUUCUGCCACAUACAAUUGGUCUGCAAAUGUUUUGGACGACUCUCAAGGGCUAAACAGGGAAACUAAUUGAUGGAUUUUAACGCAGGCUUCCAGUUGCUCCAAUCAGACCCCUGGGAGUGACAGCUGAUCCUGCAUUCAUGGGAAAAUAUGUCUGUAUAAGUGUACAAGAUUGGGGCCUUCAUAUGCUUUGGAAAUACCAGUCCUAUGUGCCUUCAUGGAACGAACCAAUACAUUGAAAUGUGUAAUUUUGAUUAAAAAAAGAAAUUAUAACCUAUAGUAUGUAUGAUGUGCUAUUUUAACCUCUCUUUUCGUCUCAGUGGCUCUUUAUCAUGAUGAGAAAUAUAUCUGACUGUCUAUGCAACAAUUCGUUGGACUGUAAUUUCUGACUUGUGUACUGAAGCAUCAAUAAAGUCCCUAUCGAUAUUGAA